AUGAUGUUCAACAGUGUCCUGCCACUUGCUCUCCUCGCCAGCCUUGCGGCUGCAGACUAUCGCUGUGCAACCAAUGCAGGCUCGUUCACAAUCACGAACGAUAUCGCCAAAGCUGCUGUGGCCAAUGGUGGAACUAACACAAAAACAAGUUCUAGAUUCCCACAUGGCUUCGCCGGUAUGUCUGGAAAUGGCACUCCCGGAGACCACCUACACAAAGGGACCCAACUCAAGUUUUACGGGGCGGACUCGAGGUGCAACGAGAAGCAGGAUGAUGACCCUGAAAAGUCGAACUUGCUCGAAUUUCCCGUCUUCCAGAACGGAAAAUCUUUCAACAAGGACGAGAAGCGCGACAAGGGUGUGUUGACACCGGCGCGUGUGGUUUAUGUUAAGAGCGACAUGACGCUCUGCGGCGUCAUGACCCAUGCUGUCAAAAACACCGACGGUAGUGGAGAGGGAGACUUCCGAGUGUGCGACUCUAACUGA